ACUUUCCCCUAGAUAGCGCAAUUAUAUAAUUUGCCAAUUAAUUUAAGAAACAUAUUCUGCUGUUUUCUUUUGCAUAUACUCGUAUGACUUUAGACAAGUCUUCCUAUUUAUGAACGUACAGUCUUGUCGCGGAAUCUUGAGUGCAAAUUUCUAUCAAUACAAGAUAACACAAAGUGCUUAUUUUUGAAGAUGAAUUGCUAAAAUACACGAUAAAGACUGAUACAGAGUCUCUCAGUGUAAAAUGGAUCGUUGGGUGAAUAAAGUGGCUGUUGUGACGGGAGCGAGUGCAGGAAUUGGUGCUCAAGUUGCCAAGGAUUUGGCCACAUUGGGAGUGAUUGUCGUAGGAUUGGCUCGAAGGGAUGAAAGAGUCGAAGCUCUGAAAAAUGAAUUACCGGAAAAGGUGCGAAAAAACCUGCAUGGAAUGAAGUGCGAUGUGACAAACGAAGCCGAGAUUGUCUCAGUAUUUUCCAAGAUUGUGGAAAAGUUUGGUGGAAUUGAUAUUCUUAUCAAUAACGCUGGGAUUGGGAAUUUUCAUGUGAGGCUCAUCGAUCCUGGAAGUUCAUCUUCAAUCAAUGAUACAGUGCAGACAAAUAUUUUGGGAUUGAUCAAUUGCACAAGACAAGCUUUCUCGUCCAUGAAAGAUAGAAAAGUUGCUGGUCACAUUAUCAAUAUUAGCAGUAUGGCUGCUCAUCGGUACUUGAUACCUCCUCCAGGUCUUUCACAUUUCAAUUUCAAUGUCUAUCCAGCUACAAAGCAUGCAGUGAAAGCCCUUACUGAACAAUUUCGCCAGGAAGUGACCAAAGAGGGAUUAGGGAUCAAAGUCAGCAGCAUUAGUCCACCAAUUGUUGAAUCAGAAUUUGCUGAAGAAUAUCAAAGUGAUAUAAUGAAGAAGCUACCGCAUCUAUUGCCCUCUGAUAUCUCUCAAUCUGUUAUCUACAUCUUAUCAACACCUCCACAUGUGAAUGUUCAAGACGUGCUGCUAAAACCCGUGGGAGCGUUGGCUUAAGCUCUUCUAUAUAAAUCUUAGUCAUUUUUAAAUAAAUUCUCAAUAAAUUAUGAGAACGCA